AUGAUAAUAAUAAGUAUUCAAGGAUUAUGUCUUGGAUAUUCAACAGAAGAAGAGGAGAAUAUUGGAUGGGAUGGAAAAGAAUAUAAAACAAAAGAAGAAGUAAUUAAAGCAAUAAAAAGACAAGAGAAAAAGAUAAAAGAAAAAGAAAAGAUAAAAGAAAAAGAAAUGAAAAGAAUUAAUGAUGAAAAUAACAAAUUUGAAACUACUUCAAAACAAAAAAGAAAAAAUCGAAAUGAAAGAAGAAAAUUAAUACGAAAAUUAAAAGAGUCUAAAAUCAAAUUAUUAAAUUAUCAAGAACUACUUAAAAAUUUUAAUUAA